AUGAAAUUGGUGAUUGUUCUGGGUGUCUUUAGCCUUAUUGCUCUUGCUGCUGCCUUCCCUGUUGCUGACGAUUCAGCUGUCCAUUCUGCCCUCUUUGUGGCUAGUGGUCCUGCUGAGAUCUUUGAGACAGCUGAAUCUGCUUACGGAGGAUACGGUGGUGGACACCAUCAUCAUCAUGGUGGCGGCGGAUGGGGUCAUGGUGGUCAUGGAGGAGGCUGGGGAGGCCAUGGGCAUGGACAUGGGCAUGGUGGACACGGAGGAUGGGGACAUGGUCAUGGUCACGGUCAUGGACAUGGCCAUGGACAUCACUGGGGCUAA